AUGGCCGCUGUUUCCGCCGACCCUGGCGCCGGCCAGCUGCCCCAGCCCCCUGAGCUGCCGCAAAUGGACCCAGUGGCGCAGCGCAUCGCAAAGACGUUCGACGCGCGCGCCGCUGGCUAUGACUCAGACCAAUCCAUCCACGGCCCAAUGGCCGACGCGCUGCUGGCGCGCGCGGCGCCCGCGGCGGGCGAGCGCGUGCUUGACCUGGCCUGCGGCACCGGCCUGGUGGCGCUCGCGGCCGCGGCGGCGGUCGGCAGCAGUGGGCGCGUUGUGGGCGUGGACCUAUCGGGGGCCAUGCUGCAGCAGGCGAGCUUGUUCCUCGACUUUGGGACGUUCUGCGACGUCGCAGCGCGCCACGGCCUCGUCAUCCCAGACCCAUGCGCCCGCCUGGGGUCGCGCAAGCUGGUGCAGGACGCCCUGGCUGCGGCCGGCUUCAGCCGCGUGCAGGUGGACGAGGAGCGCCAGGAGAGGUGGCACAAGGCGGGGUCCCCGCAGGAGUAUGCCGAGAAGAUGUGGCUGUUCUCGGCAACGGGCAACCCCCACAACCCGGUGGACGAGACCGUGCUGCCACCGCCGGCGCUCGCGGCGCUGAGGGCGGAAGUCGUCGCGGUGAUCGCGCGCGGCGCGGCGGAGCGGUUCGAGGAGGGGCGGGGGGUGAUGAGCCCCUGCACCCUGCUGCACGUUUUGGCGCGCCCGUGA